GUUCGGCCUAGAAGUCUUUAUUACUCGACCAGCAAGACAAUGUCUCAAGUACAACAGCCAAAAGCCGCAUCAGCUCAAAGUAAAGAAGCUAUAUUGAAAUUCUAUCUGAAACGGCUAAAAGACGAUAUAAAGUCUAUAAUUGAUAAUUAUGUAGAAAUAAUAAAAUUGGCAAAAGUGGAAGAAGAUUCCCAGAUCUCAAGACUAACUCAAGCUGAACAAGAUCAGUAUGAAAUGCAAGUCAGAGCAUCAAAUAUAGUUAGAGCGUGUGAAUCUCUCCUAAAGUUGGUAUCUGAUAUAAAACAGUACAUUCUUCUAAAUGAUUUCGUUAGUGUCAAUGAAGUAAUUCACCAUACUCGUAUGAGUUACACUCAGAAGCAGCAAAUUCAUGACCACGCUCUAAUUGCAAUUAGGAAUGAAAUCGCGGAUGAACUUUAUGAUUUAGAAGAAGAAUAUUACUCAUCACAUUACAGAUGA